AUGGCAUCUCUCGUCGCCUCCAUCCAGUCCAAGCUGGGCUACUCCUCCAAAAAAGCCCUCCUUCUCGGUGCGGGCUUCGUAACCAAACCUACAGUCCAGAUCCUUGCCGAUGCUGGCGUCGAGGUCACCGUUGCCUGCCGAACCCUCGAAAGCGCGAAGAAAUUGUCCGAAGGCAUCAAGAACACCCGCCCCAUCUCGCUCGAUGUCACCAACGACGAAGCACUCGAUGCCGAAAUGGCGCAGACCGACCUGGCCAUCAGUUUGAUCCCGUACACCUUCCACGCCACGGUGAUCAAGUCGGCCAUCCGCAAGAAGAAGAACGUGGUCACAACCAGCUACGUCUCUCCGGCGAUGCUGGAGCUUGAAGCGCAAGCCAAGGAGGCCGGAAUCACGGUCAUGAACGAGAUCGGCCUGGACCCGGGUAUCGACCAUUUGUACGCGGUCAAGACGAUCGAAGAAGUGCACCAGGCCGGCGGCAAGAUCAAAUCCUUCCUGUCCUACUGCGGAGGCCUGCCGGCGCCCGAGGACAGCGACAACCCGCUCGGCUACAAAUUCUCAUGGUCGAGUCGUGGUGUGCUGCUGGCUCUGCGCAACGCGGCCAAAUUCUACCAGGACGGCGCGGUCAAAGAAAUUUCCGGGCCGGAUCUGAUGAGCAGUGCUAAACCGUACUUCAUCUACCCCGGAUUCGCGUUCGUCGCGUACCCGAACCGAGACUCGACGCCGUACCGAGCACGCUACAAUAUCCCCGAAGCCCAGACGGUGGUCCGCGGCACGCUGCGGUACCAGGGAUUCCCCGAAUUCGUCAAGGUCCUGGUCGACAUCGGCUUCCUCUCCGACGAGGAGCAGGACUAUCUGCAGCCAUCGGCCAAGCCGCUGACGUGGGCGGAAGCGACGAAGAAGAUCAUCGGCGCCACCAGCGCCAAAGAGCUGGAUCUGUCGUGGGCGAUCAGCUCCAAGACCAAGUUCAACGACACGGCCGAGAAGAAGCGCAUCAUGUCGGGCCUGAAGUGGCUCGGUUUGUUCUCCGAGACGCCCAUCACCCCGCGAGGGAAUCCUCUCGACACCCUCUGCGCCACGCUCGAGGAGAAGAUGCAGUACGAAAAGGGCGAGCGCGACCUGGUCAUGUUGCAGCACAAGUUCGACAUCGAGUGGAAGGACGGCUCCACCGAAACCCGCACCAGCACCCUCUGCGACUACGGCGACCCCAACGGCUACAGCUCCAUGGCCAAACUCGUCGGCGUGCCCUGCGGUCUGGCCUGUUUGAUGGUUCUCGACGGUCGCAUCAGCAAAAAGGGCAUCCUGGCCCCGGUCACUUGGGACCUGGCUGAGCCGCUGCUCAACGAGUUGAGGGAGAAGUACGGCAUCUACCUGAAGGAGAAGACGAUCGAAUAG